GACGCUGCUUCCAGCCCAGGCUUCCCAGCUGAGCCUUGGCCGGAUUGAAUUGGUUGUACCGCCGUCAUCCGCACCGCGGCAUUUGCGAUCGGAAGAAUCGGGCCCUAGCCGGCCGCCGUAGCCACCUCUCUGUAGUGGGCGGGGCCAAGGCUGGGGUGACCCCGCCGGAGCCGCCGCUGCCAGCGACAUGUUCAAGGUAAUUCAGAGGUCCGUGGGGCCGGUCAGCCUGAGUCUGCUCACCUUCAAAGUCUAUGCAUCAUCAAAAAAGGACUCACCUCACAAAGCUGCUGUGAAGGUUAAUGAGCUUUCACUCUACUCCGUUCCUGAGGGUCAGUCUAAAUAUGUGGAAGAGCCAAGGACCCAACUUGAAGAAAGCAUCUCCCAUCUCCGACAUUAUUGUGAACCAUAUACAAGUUGGUGUCAGGGGCAGUCGGUUCUGAUAUCUUCUGAUACCCACAUAUCUCUUUUCCCAUCUAUACACUUCUUAAAGGAAAUGUACUCCCAAACUAAGCCCAAGAUGCAAAGUUUCGUUCAACGGGGGUUAGACAACUAUGAAUAUCUCCAAAAUGCACCUCCUGGAUUUUUUCCAAGACUUGGUGUUAUUGGUUUUGCUGGAGUUGUUGGACUCCUUUUGGCUAGAGGUUCAAAAAUAAAGAAGCUGUUGUAUCCACCUGGUUUCAUGGGAUUAGCUGCCUCACUUUAUUAUCCACAACAAGCCAUCGUGUUUGUCCAGGUCAGUGGGGAGAAAUUAUAUGACUGGGGUUUACGAGGAUACAUAGUCGUAGAAGAUUUGUGGAAGGAGAACUCUCAAAAGAUGAAGAAGAGCCAAGAUCGAAUUCAGUUUCCUUUGAUUCCAAGUGGAGUGUUCUUUCCACCAGACCGAAACUGCCUCUGGACGGACCAUGUUGCUCUGCAAACAAGGAUCAUUGUCAUUGUGGAUCUAGCUAUUUUGUAACCACUUUUGUUGUUUUCAUUAUUGAUUCAGUAGAUGGAAGAAAGCAGGAUAAGUUCCAAGGUGGUAGAAGACAGCCCUGGGCCACAGCUGGUGGAAGGCUCCCUGAGCUAAGCUGGAGGUGAAUGCCACCAGUCUGCUGUGCCCGUUUCAUUGUCAAAACAGAGCUGUGAACACUGCUUGCUCCCAGUAAAUAUUGCUUCCCUGGAAAGCUCAGAAGCUCAUAAUUACAUAACCAUUGCUGUCAGGUCUGGGGUAGGAAAUGUACAAGAUGAACCUGGGACAUCUUAAAAGCGAGGAAGCUAACAAAGAAAGGCUUCUGGGGUCAUGUCCAAAGGAUUCUGACCCCAACUUGAAGAAGCUCUCACUGGACAAUUAGAGCAAUCAGAGCUUCAAUCAGAAAAAUAAUGGCAAUGAAUUAAGACACAGGAAAUGUUUAAAGUCCAAGAGUUAAUAAAGAUACUUGGAGGGGGGAACCUAAUUAGAAGAUGCUGGGGAAGCCAGUUCAUUCUUUUGAAACCUAGUACAUAAAAAGAAUCA